CAAUCAGUUGGUUUUUGCAACCGAUAUUGGUUGCCGCCAAUGAUUUGCUUUCGAUGUUUGCAUACAAAUACUUGUACGAAAACCAAUAGCAAUAACAAAAUAACAAUACCACUACCUAUACUUAUACCUAUAGCCAUACCUAUACCUAUACCUAUACCGAUAACUAGUUGAGCUUUUAGUUUUGACUUUUGCUUACCCUUGAGUUCCGUUAUCGCUUACCCUCAACCGCCUCCCGCCUCCAAUCACGGAUACUUACUCGAACGCCUCCAGCCCAUCCAUUGAAAUUAAAAUGAUAAAUAACUCGUAUCGCUUCGUUUAUGUAAACCAUAUGUAUCUGUUGUGACACGUUCUUCUCUUUUGCGUUAUUACCAAGUUAUUAACACUUUAGUUGGGCCGGAGCCACGAGCUCGGGUCCCCGAAUCUAAGCCGCUAUCCUAGAAUAGUAUAUUGAAUAUAUCUAAACUUAUAACUUAUUUCUCUUUGUUUGUUUUUUACCACCUGAUUUACAUACUGCGUUCUUCUUCUACGUUCUUCUUCAUACCAAUACCAAACCAAACAAUAAAAAAUGAAACCAACCAACCAACAAAACACACGAAAUUCAAAUGACUUUGAAACGAAUUUGCAUAUUUAAAAACGGAUCGGAUCGAAUCGAAACGAUUUAAAUAUACAAACCAAUUCGAACUCCAACUCGACACACACCCAACGACAACGACCCAUUGACAAACAUGAAUCGAAUCCACAAAUAUUGCCAUUAAACAAACGAAUGCAUUCAAACAAAAAUGCAUCCAGGCCCGUCGGCUUCUGGGGCAAAAUUGUCGGCUCUUUGUGCGUGAUCGCUGGUGUGCUGACAAUCGCACUGCCGGUACCGGUUAUCGUCAGUAAUUUCAAUUACUUCUAUCACCGCGAAACGGAUCAGGAGGAGAUGCAGAGCCAAAAUUUCAACCACGUUACAAGUUGUUCAUAUUUACCUGGUGCACUAGGUCAACAUUUGAAGAAAUCCUCACUCUCCGAAUCGUCGUCGGACAUCAUGGAUUUGGAUGAUGGCAUUGAUGCAACUACGCCAGGUCUGACUGAUCACACGGGCCGCCACAUGGUGCCGUUUCUCAGGACGCAGCAGUCAUUCGAGAAGCAGCAGCUCCAGCUUCAGCUGCAGCUGCAGCAGCAAUCGCAGUCGCCACACGGCCAACAGAUGACGCAGCAGGCGCAGCAGCAGCAGCUGGGCCAAAACGGCCUACGAAGCACAAAUAGUUUACAGUUAAGGCACAAUAACGCGAUGGCCGUCAGUAUUGAGACCGACGUCUGACUACUAGUCAAACAAAUGGAAAAUGGACGAAAUUUGCGCAGUGAAAUGCUACGUUGGAUGCCAGAAACGUCAUCAAAAGCAGUCUAAUUUAGAAUUUUAUUAAUAAAUACAAUUAAAUUAUAAUUAUAAUUAUAAUAACUAGUAAGCAACGUAGUUGUAAAUUAAACAGCAAAUGUACACAGACACAACACACACACACAAACACAGUGCCAGUUCACUCAGCUUGAAUUAGAGUAUUUGUAGACACUAAAAAAAAGAGUCAAAUAAGGACUGGCUUUCUAUAGGGGUUUUCCUUGUUUCUCCUUUCAUUUUCCUUCUGGUAAUCUCUACACCGAAGACACACUCACACACACACCCUUCACACACACUAACACACGUCCACACACACUCGAAGAAAAACUCUACUUGAUACCUAUGUUCAAAUUUAGCAAUUAUCAACUAACAAUCGUUAAUAACAACAAAACAAAACAAAACAUAUAAAACCAAAAACGAAAAC